AAAGAGAAAAGAAACAAAAGGCCAUCACUGCCUCCUUAGGGAGAGGGGGGCAGCCAGGGUGUCAGCUGUGUCCCUAGGGAGCUAUAAAGGGGCACAGGCUCCUGCCUGGGCUUCACUGCACCUGGACAGCACCACCACCUCCCCAGGAAGAUCGGCUGUGACCUCCCCACCUGGGUCCACCACAAAGCCACCAUGGCAGCCCCAAGGGCCUGGCUGUUCUGCCUGCUGCUGUUGGUCCUGGGCCUGCGGACGGCUGCCAGCCGAGCCCGGCAGCACUCCAUGGAGGUCCGAGCCCCAGACAUCAAUCCUGCCUGGUACGCAGGACGAGGCAUCCGGCCUGUGGGCCGCUUUGGCCGGAGGGGGGCAGCCCUGCCAGAGGGGCCCAGGUCCAGCCCACAAUGCCCGCUAACCUGCCGCAGGGUGCUGGGUGGCCCUGAGGCCCCCCAGGAUGGGCACCGGGUGAGAUGAUGCAGAUGAGAACUCAGGAGCCCUGCCUCCCGCAGCUGCCUUUGCUGUGUCCUAAUAAAA